AUGCUUUGUGAGGACCAACUAGGAAUGAAUUCUACGUUCGUUAUUCUGGCUAUUAUUGGCGCAGUUCUGAGUGCCGAUCUCGGCAUGUUCGACCAAACCGGCAUGGAUGGUCCUGUCGACAUGGGUCUUGAUGGAAUGGGUCCUGAUGAUGACAUGGGUCCUCCAGGAGGCCCUGGUGGACGAUUCGGUCCAGGUGGACGGUGGGGCCCUCCUGGCCAUCAUCGUCGUCAUCAUGGACCACCACCACCCCCAUACCUGAGAAAUGUCUCCAGUGAAGCUCGAAAGGAGUACUUCGAUAUACUGAAGAACAUGAACAAGACUAUUGCUCAGCAAAAGCAGGAUAUCCUGGCUUGGGGUACUCAGUAUGGAAUUCGGGACCAAGUAGAGGAAUUCAACGCUAACAUGACUAGGAUCAAGGCUGAAAUUAAGCAAAAUGUGACCAGACUGAUCAACGGAAUGCUCGAGGAAUUCCAAAGGGUCUCGGCUAUCAUGGAUAACGAAGAUCAGACUCGUAUCCAUAUGUUCCAGGCACUGGGUAAUCUGAGUGCCGAAAAUCCACAGCUGUUCCACGUUGUCAAGUUUGCAAUGGAUUCAGCCAGACCUCGACCUCCACAUCCCCCACGAGGAUCUGGUGGCUUCAUGGGAGGAAAGGGCAGUCGUGGAGGAUUUGGUGGCUUUGGUGGCCUCGGUGGCUUCGGUGGUCAACAAGGAAUGAGUGGUGGCUUCGGUGGUAUGAAGUACGAUCAACAGGGGCAGAAUAGCUUUGGCGGAAACGGCAUGAUGGGCGGUCAAGGUGGCCGAGGUGGCCGAGGCGGCUUCGGCGGACAAGGUGGACGAGGAGGUUUUGGUGGCAACCAAAUGAUGGGCGGUCGAGGUGGCCGAGGUGGUUCUGGUGGACAAGGUGGACGAGGAGGUUUUGGUGGCAACCAAAUGAUGGGCGGUCGAGGUGGCCGAGGUGGUUCUGGUGGACAAGAACUUCGCACGGUACCGUGCUCGAAGAAAGAGGUCGAGGACAGAGGAAUCUUGAGUGAGCGGGCUGAAAAAGGGAACCCAAGAAAAACAGAGGAAUACGUUAGAAACGCCACAAAUAACAGUCGGCUUGCUGCAGUUGCUGCUGAACAGAAGGCAAAAAUUCGUAUGGACUCGUUGAGGAAAUGCUAA